UACCAAUACCUAUCACUGAUCGCCAAUUCGCCAUCCCUUGGUUGAUCCGAUACAUACAGAUACAUAUAUAGAUAUAGGAGAAACAGCAUCAGCUUCAUUGAUUGGUGUUUUGGGAUUUUCGGUAUACAUACACACACAGAACAAACAAUGAGUUACCAGCAAGUCCCUCCUCCUCCGCAAGACCCUUACCCCCCACCAGGGUAUGGGUCUGUGUAUCCUCCACCACCAGGAUACCCUUCAGCACCGCCGCCACCAGGAUACCCAUCAGCACCGCCGCCACCAGCACAGUAUGAAGGGUACCCACCACCUGCUGGGUAUCCUUAUCCACCACCACCACCACCACCCCAGCAUACAGGAGGAUAUCAAGCCUACUUCAGUCAAGGCUACCCUCAACCACCACCUCCACCACCUCAACCUGCUUACCAGGUCUACCACUGCCAGCAUUAUCAAUACAAUGACCAAACUGGUUGCACUUCAUUCCUACAAGGCUGUUUGGCUGCGCUUUGUUGCUGCUGUGUGCUAGAGGAGUGCUGUUUCUAAGAUGAUGAAUAAAUAGACAUGAUGUACAUGAGUGCCUAAUAAUUUUUUAUGUGGGUUUCUUGUAAUUUUUUUUUCUCUACACUUGUUAUCUUUUCGUCUUUGCUUGGACCGGGACUUCUUUAUGCGGCUGCUAAAAUGUUCUAUUGUGCAAGUGGAACCUAUCUCACUUGAUCUGCUAUGGGUCUUUCAUUGUUUUUGAAAUCUGUAAUUAUGAGCCACUGAUAUUAUUAGCACUGAAAAAUAGUAUUUGGUUGAAAAA